UGAGAGAGAGAGACGGUGGUGCGCGCGGCUCCAGUAAAGUGCACGGAAUAAACAAUUGGCUCGAGCUGUCUUGUCUUGUCUUAAGAUUCAGUUUUCCUCGUGGAGAACAGAGGGGGAGGAGUAGGAAACCCAAAAAAAAAAAAAAAGCGGCGCAUCUUCCCCAGCAUCACAUACACAUUAGCCGGAGUGAGGCGACUGGCUGGCAGCGCGGCUCACACGGGUGCGCGUUACAGACACCAGUCCUCACGCACACGCACACGCACGCACUGACUCACACACACACACGCACGCCUGUUCAGGUUUGCGCGUGUGGACUGAAUGAAGGCAGCGGCGCCCAGAGGAUGAGAGGCUCUCGUAGUAAAGUUAACGGCACCCGCUCUGUUUCUGUUGAAGGCGAUGCGCCGAUCCUGCAGCACCAAUCGGGCGGAUAUUUACAAUUGAUCCACGUCUUGUAAGCCCCUCAGCGCCGAAUCAUUCAUUUGACAGAUGCAUACUUGAUUCUGGGGUGGAGUGAGAAGAGGAAACGUCAUUGCUUUUCUUUUGAGCCGUGGACAGUCACCGUCACCGCGAUCCGCACAAUUCUUGCAUUUUUUAUUUAUUUUUUGUUUGUUGUUAAUACUUCAUUAUUUGGAUGUCUCUUUCUUCUGGAGCUCUCUAGUAAUAGGAAAAGAAUUCGGAGCUCGUUAGAGGUGCGGUUUCUAAACCUGGACCAACCCGGCAUCAAGUUCUUCUGAGCCGGGAUCCCUCCGAACGGCAAAGCGACAGAGGCUGCUUUACCUGCUCACCUUCGCUUUUCAUUGCAGGGCUUAACUUUUCCGAAGAGUUUCGCGUGAAAGGCAGGGCAACUCCGGCGCAAUUUGAUCACAAUGACAGCGCGGCUGACUCGGUGAAAAUGAAAUAAGGCUUGGACAGACAGUGCGCUAUAAAGCCCGUCUUGUUCUUCGGCCAACUUGAGGAUGCUUCUGUCGUGGCCGCGAGCCUUUGGAUGCUUUUGAUGGAACGCUCGAGUCGAUCGCUGUUACGAUGUUUCCGUCGCGGCGCUGACAGGCUUGCGGAGCAACAAGCGCCGCUAUAAAUGCAGCAUUUGGGUCCGCUGCACCAGCGCUGCCUCCCGGAGCCUUUGGGAAAGGAGACGCGAGUCCGUGGAUUCGGAAAUUUUGGUCGCAACAUGGCCUCAUCUGGGAUGACUUCAAACGCGGGUCCUGCUUGUGCAUUUUAAAAGAAAAAAAAAGAAAAAGAAAAAAGAACAGGUGCCUUUUAUUGUGUUGUUGCGCAGCCAUGGUCAGUUUUCGCGUGCAGCCCGGGCGCUGCGGCUUGUGGACACUUGUUUGGGCGGCGGAGGUCUUACUGGAGUUGGCAUUGGCACAAGAGAUCUACGCGCCCCAUUCGAUACGCGUGGAAGGGGACUUAACGUUGGGGGGCUUGUUCCCCGUUCAUGCCAAAGGACCACCGGGGAUACCGUGUGGGGAUAUCAAGAAAGAAAAUGGCAUUCAUCGAUUGGAAGCUAUGAUGUACGCCUUGGACCAAAUUAAUAGCGACCCGGAGCUGCUGCCCAACAUCACCUUAGGUGCCCGCAUCUUGGACACCUGCUCGAGGGACACGUACGCUUUGGAGCAGUCGCUCACCUUCGUCCAAGCUUUGAUUCAAAAGGACACCUCGGAUGUCAGGUGUACGAACGGGGAGCCCCCAGUCUUUGUGAAACCGGAGAAAGUAGUGGGGGUGAUCGGAGCGUCUGCCAGCUCCGUGUCUAUAAUGGUGGCGAACAUCCUGAGACUUUUUCAGAUCCCACAGAUCAGCUACGCUUCGACGGCUCCAGAGCUGAGUGACGACCGUCGAUACGAUUUCUUCUCUCGAGUUGUUCCCCCGGAUUCCUUCCAAGCCCAAGCUAUGGUGGACAUUGUGAAACGCAUGGGGUGGAAUUACGUCUCGACUAUCGCCUCGGAAGGAAGCUACGGGGAGAAGGGAGUCGAAGCCUUCAUGCAGAUUUCACGAGAAGCAGGUGGAAUUUGCAUAGCACAAUCAUUGAAAAUACCCCACAACCACAAGAACGCCGAUUUUGACAAAGUGAUCAAGCAGCUUUUGGAGACACAGAAUGCCCGUGCUGUCAUCAUGUUCGCCAGUGAUGAGGAUAUAAGGCAGGUACUGGCAGCAGCAAAGAGAGCCAAUCAGGUUGGUCAUUUUGUUUGGCUCGGAUCAGACAGCUGGGGGACCAAAGUCAAUCCUGUGCUUCGACAGGAAGAAGUGGCCGAAGGUGCGAUCACGAUUCUCCCGAAACGAGCCACCAUAGAAGGAUUUGAUGCCUACUUCACCUCCCGGACUUUGGAAAAUAAUCGAAGGAAUGUUUGGUUUGCUGAAUACUGGGAAGAAAAUUUUAACUGCAAGUUAACAAUGAGUGGCUCCAAGAAGGAGGACACGGACCGCAAGUGCACAGGACAAGAGCGAAUCGGGAAAGACUCUCAUUACGAGCAGGAGGGGAAGGUGCAGUUUGUGAUCGACGCCGUUUAUGCGAUGGCGCACGCCUUGCACAACUUGCACAGGGAUCUCUGUCCGGAAUACUCGGGGGUCUGUCCUGACAUGGAGAUCGCCGGAGGGAAAAAACUACUCAAGUAUAUCCGCAAUGUGAGUUUUAAUGGCAGUGCGGGCACGUCUGUGAUGUUCAAUAAAAAUGGCGACGCACCUGGACGCUAUGACCUUUUUCAGUACCAGAUCACGAACACAAGCACCCCAGGAUACCACGUGAUUGGCCAGUGGACCGAUGACCUGCAGCUCAAUAUUGAAGAUAUGCAGUGGGCCCUGGGCAUGCGGGACUUCCCCACCUCCGUCUGCAGCACCCCUUGCAAAGCUGGCGAACGGAAGAAGAUGGUGAAAGGAAUGCCGUGCUGCUGGCACUGCGAGUUAUGUGACGGUUACCAAUACCAGCUGGAUGAGACGAGCUGCAUGCUCUGCCCUUACGACAAACGUCCCAAUGAGAAUCGGACAGGAUGCCAAUUCAUACCGAUAGUCAAGCUGGAGUGGCACUCCCCUUGGGCUGUUAUUCCCGUCUUUUUGGCGAUGCUUGGAAUUAUCGCUACCAUUUUCGUAAUGGCCACAUUCAUUCGGUAUAACGAGACCCCAAUCGUCCGAGCUUCUGGGAGAGAGCUCAGCUACGUCCUGCUCACUGGAAUUUUCCUUUGCUACAUCAUCACGUUCCUAAUGAUCGCCAAGCCGGAUGUCGCCGUUUGCUCCUUCCGACGAAUCUUUUUAGGACUUGGAAUGUGCAUCAGCUACGCGGCGCUCUUAACCAAAACCAACCGAAUAUACCGGAUCUUCGAACAGGGAAAGAAGUCUGUGACGGCUCCACGGCUGAUCAGCCCCACGUCACAACUGGCGAUCACCUCCAGUCUGAUUUCCAUCCAGCUGCUUGGAGUCUUCAUUUGGUUUGGAGUUGACCCGCCCAACAUUGUGGUUGAUUACGACGAACAGAAAACCAUCAAUCCGGACCUGGCGAGAGGAGUUCUCAAGUGUGACAUCACGGAUCUACAAAUUAUCUGUUCGCUGGGAUACAGUAUUCUCCUGAUGGUAACUUGUACAGUUUACGCAAUCAAAACCCGAGGAGUUCCGGAAAACUUCAAUGAGGCCAAACCCAUCGGAUUCACAAUGUACACCACCUGCAUUGUAUGGCUGGCCUUCAUUCCCAUAUUUUUUGGAACAGCUCAAUCUGCUGAAAAGAUGUACAUCCAGACGACCACCCUCACGAUAUCCAUGAAUUUAAGUGCAUCUGUAGCCCUGGGGAUGCUGUACAUGCCAAAGGUGUACAUCAUCAUCUUCCAUCCAGAACUGAAUGUCCAAAAAAGAAAGAGGAGCUUCAAAGCAGUAGUUACAGCUGCCACAAUGUCCUCACGACUAUCACAUAAACCCAGCGACCGACCGAACGGAGAAGCUAAAACAGAACUUUGUGAAAACGUGGAUCCCAACAGCCCUGCAGCCAAGAAGAAGUAUGUCAGCUAUAACGAUCUUGUCAUCUAAAGAGUUCCAUCUACAGGAGAAAGUGUAAGAGAUGGACACUUUGGUCACUGGCCCCUCUGGCAUAGACCUCAUCCUGUCCUGCGCAGUCACGGCUGCCUCCUGGAAGAGAAUGUUUCAGACGGUGCGGAAUUUGUGGGGGUCCGUAGUUUUUGAGGACCCUUCAUAUGUUUGAUCUACUACAUAAAGACCUCUUUCGUUCAAAAGCAAAUUAACGAAGUCAAGUUCUUGGGCGUUUGAGAUGCAGCCUCUCAAGGAAACUUCAAGCCCAGGUCAACGUUUACUUCUGAGAGCUCAGCAGUCAGCAAAAAGAGCCGACCAAGGGCCUGUUUCCGUCUUUACAUGUACUUCCAAACUGCAAGUUUUACAAAACUUCUGUAAACUUUGUGAACUUUUUUUUUUUAAUUCUUCAUUUUUCUUUUUUGACAUAAACUGUCGUUCUUUGUUGUUCCAAACGCACUUUUUUUUUCUUUCUUUCUUUUAUUUUUGCUUCUUGGAUGCACAAUUUAUUAAAGCCAUAUUCUUCUCUGAAAUCCAACUUUUCUGGUUGUUUCUCGGCCGAUGCGCAUUCCUUUUGGGAUUUUCUUUUGUAGAUGUUAGUUUGGUGUAAUUGUGGCUCAUCCAUUUUGUCAGGAAGC